AUGCAAUUGAAGAACGUUGCUUUGGUAUCAGCCGCUUGUUUGGCUUCCAACGUGUGUGCAGACGGUUACACUCCAGGUCAGGAAUGGUCCACUUUGACCCCAACAGCCACGUACAAAUGUGGUAUCACAGAGUAUGCUUCAUCUUUCGGUCUCGCAGUGCAGACUAUCAGCUCCUCCAUGGCUAAAAGAGAUGCAGUUUCUCAAAUCGGUGAUGGUCAGCUACAAGCAACCACUACCGGCGUUUCGCAAAUUGGCGAUGGUCAGCUACAAGCAACUACCACCGCUGCUCCACAGGCUACCGGUAGUCAAAGCCAACAGUCUCUAAGUGAGGCCACCACAACUCUGUCCCCAAGUUCCGCUGCAGCCUCCAACAGCGCCUGUGCCACUCAGCCUGUCACUUUGGAUUCCUCGUCGUGUAAGAAUUCUGGUACUUUGACCGUUCAGCUGAAGGGCGGUGUCUUGACCGACGGUAAGGGUAGAAUCGGCUCCAUUGUUGCAAACAGACAAUUCCAGUUCGAUGGUCCACCACCACAAGCUGGUGCUAUCUACGCCGCGGGCUGGUCCAUCACCCCAGGUGGCAAUUUGGCAUUGGGUGAAAAUGACGUCUUCUACCAAUGUUUGUCUGGUAACUUCUACAACUUGUACGAUCAGUCCAUAGGUGAGCAAUGUCACCCAAUCCAUUUAGAAUUGGUGAACCUCGUUGACUGUUAG